GCGUCCUCCCGGGUCCGGUACCCCAUCGUCCCGCUCGAGAGCUCCUUGCACCCUUCCCGGCGCAGAGGCGCUUGCCGGUGUUCCCAGCGCAGCCAUGGCUCAGCACUUCUCCCUGGCCGCCUGUGAUGUGGUCGGCUUCGACCUGGACCACACUCUGUGUCGCUACAACCUGCCCGAGAGCGCCCCGCUCAUUUAUAAUAGCUUCGCCCAGUUCCUGGUCAAGGAGAAAGGAUAUGACAAGGAAUUGCUCAACGUGACUCCAGAACAUUGGGAUUUCUGUUGCAAGGGUUUGGCAUUGGAUCUGGAAGAAGGGAACUUCAUUAAACUUGCAGAUAAUGGCACCGUCCUCAGGGCCAGCCACGGGACAAGGAUGAUGGCGCCCGAGGAGGUGGCCGAGGAGUUUGGCAGGAAGGAGUGGAAGCACUUCAUGUCGGACUUUGGAAUGUCGUGCCGAUCAGGAAAAUAUUACUUUUAUGAUAACUACUUUGACCUGCCAGGAGCGCUUCUGUGUGCCAGAGUGGUGGACUCUUUAACAAAGCAGAACAAUGGUCAGAAAGCAUUUGAUUUUUGGAAGGAUAUAGUUGCUGGUAUACAACACAAUUAUAGAAUGUCAGCUUUUAAGGAAAACUGUGGAAUAUAUUUUCCAGAAAUAAAGAGAGAUCCAGGCAGGUAUUUACACAGUUGUCCCGAAUCUGUAAAAAAGUGGCUUUGGCAGCUAAAGAAUGCUGGGAAAGUUCUUGUGUUAAUCACCAGUUCUCACAGUGAUUACUGUAGACUGCUCUGCAAACAUAUCCUUGGCCAUGCCCAGUGUGGGCUGCCCAACUGGGUGCCCUCACGCAACUCGAAAGUUCAGGAUUGUCAAACUGUGUUUCCAGAGAAUGACGAGGAGCAGGAGGCACUGCCGUCUCUGGAUAAACCUGGCUGGUACUCCCAAGGGAACGCUGUCCACCUGUAUGAACUUCUGAAGAAAAUGACCGGCAAACCUGAACCCAAGGUUGUUUACUUUGGUGACAGCAUGCACUCAGAUAUUUUCCCAGCCCGUCAUUACAGUAAUUGGGAGACAGUCCUCAUCCUGGAAGAGCUCAGAGGGGACAGAAACGGGAAACCUGAGGACUCAGAGCCUCUAGAGAAGAAAGGGAAGUAUGAGGGACAGAAAGCAAAGCCUCUAAAUUCGUUAUCUAAAAAAUGGGGCUCAUUUUUUGUUGAUUCCAUUUCGGGACUGAAAAACACAGAAGACUCCUUGGUUAAUACAUGGUCUUGUAAGAGAAUCAGUACUUACAGCACUAUUGCAAUUCCAAGUAUUGAAGCAAUAGCAGAAUUACCCCUGGACUACAAGUUUACAAGAUUCUCUUCAAACAAUUCAAAAACGGUUGGCUACUAUCCACACCCUCCGGUGGUUUUAUCAAAUGAUGAAACACUGACAAACAAGUAACUUUCCUCUACUGAAAAAUGAAGUGAAGUACCACAUAUGCAGCAAAUGUACUGUAAAAAUUUUAAUUUAAAAAAAACUGUAAAAUGCUUUAUAGGAACAAAUCCUUAAUGAAAAUUGACCAAGAAAUUGAUAUGUUUUUCCAUAGGUCACUUUUCUAUAUAGAUCAUCUUGGUGCCCAACAACUCUCAUUAUAAAAUCUCAGUAUCUUAGAACUGAAAAGAACCAAACCUUAUUAAUAUGUUAUAUACCAAUAAUUCUGAGAUUAGAAUUCACCCGGGUAGAUACGCGCGCACAUACACACACACACACACACACACACACACACACUCUUACACCUGUGCCUAGACCAGUGGAUCUCAGAAAGUGAUGUCCCAAACCACUAGCAUAGCUAACAUAGCAUCACCUGAGAGUUUGAUAGAAAUGCAUUUUUGCAGGCCUCACCCCAGACCUACAGAAUAAGAAACUCUGAAAAUGGGGCCCAGGAAUCUGUGCUUAAUGACAGUGUGAUUCACGCUAAAGUUUGAGAACCACUGGCUACAUCAUAACCUCCAGAGACUGGUUGAAUUGGUCUGGGGUUAUAGGUGAGCAUUGACAUCUUUUAUGUCCCCGGGAAAAUGUAGCCAGAAUUGAGAACAACUGAUCUACACCAACUUUUUCAAUUUAUACCCAAGAACACUGAGUCCAGUGAGGUUAAAUGAUUUUUCCAAUCUGUCAGGCUUUAUGCUAUUCUUGUGUUUUCAAAACAAGGAAAUAAGAGAGACAUGGUUUCUUCUAAAACAGCACAACCCAAUAUGGGACAGAGAUAAUACCAGAAGCCAACUAUUUCAACCUCCAGUGUUACCCAUUAGGGUUCCUCCUCCUCCCUAAUAACGUUAAAGGCUGUUUAAUUCAUUUUCAUUCACUUUAAAGCAUGUAUUCUCAAUGGGACAAAAAUUGAUUCUUGGGGUGAAAAAAAAUAAUUGGAUAAUGCAAUGGAUUAUAGCCCUCCAAAGCUAAACAUUACCCAAUAAAAUCUUAUUCCUUAGUACUAAUUUUUAUCAUUAUGAAAAAUAUAAUUUAAAGUUAAAUUUAUUAAUUAAAUUUGAGUUAAAUUUUUCUCCUUAGGAUGGGGGUUGAUAAUGAAAAAAAAAAGUUGAAAAACUGCUUUAGGAGGUUUUAUAGGUAUACUACAAUUCAGGAUGAUUGUGUUCUAUGGGCUAUGUAUUGUCAUAUUAGUAGCUAUUGGUUGCAAAAUGUUUGGAGCCAGAUAAUGUUUACAGUAUAAAUCCUGGCCACUCUUUAUCAUUUUACUCUGUUCAUCAUGGACCUUAUCAGGAAACACUGCAUUAUUUUACCUGGACUAUAGCAGAGAACUUAGCAUAUUGAUGCAUGCAAUGAAAAGAUAAAUAUUUUGUUAAAAUUUUUAAAUGCUCAAAUCAUCCCAAAUAUAUUGUGGGGACAGGUGUCUCAGGGUAGGUAAACAGUGGCUGAAAUUACUUCCUCAAAGUCAGUAGCUUUGUUUGAUACCUACUAAUAAGCAUAAGGUAAUGUAUUUGGAGUUGAUUUCCAAAAUCUCACUGGAAUAUAAUGAGUGUACAUCAAACUUAAGGCUAAUUGUUAGAUGCUGUCUAAUGUAUACAUUCAAUACACAUUUGAAUUCUUUUAAAAAUAAACCUAUUUUUCCUUACA